GGAGGAGCGCGCGGCCGCGGGCAAAGGAGGGAGGGAAGGAAGGAAGAGAGGGAGGCGGGCAGGCUGGCAGGCGGGCGGGCGCGGGGGUCGGGAACUGAGGCAGUAGAGGGAGGCAAAAGCCCGGCAGCCGCUUCGCGCUGUGUUUGCUGCGCGGGCUUUUGGAGGAGGCGGCUGUAGAGUCGGCUGAGGAGAAGAGGGCACCGGCGGCGUUGGUGCUAGCGCCUGGGGGCGGGGGACCGGAGAGGCGAGAAGGGGGGUCGCUGCGGUGGUUCUCUGGCUGUCGCGCUCCCUUCCCUCGCCUCUCUCCCGGCUCGGUGGGCUCCUCCCGGCGUCUCUCUCGCCUCCGGGGCCCCGCUCCCCGCCCCCCGCGGUAUGUCUUGAUCCCGAGCAGCGGGUUUCAUGGGGCUCCUCAGGAUUAUGAUGCCGCCCAAGUUGCAGCUGCUGGCAGUGGUGGCCUUCGCCGUGGCGAUGCUCUUCUUGGAGAACCAGAUCCAGAAACUGGAGGAGUCCCGGUCGAAGCUAGAAAGGGCUAUUGCAAGACAUGAAGUGCGAGAAAUUGAGCAACGACAUACAAUGGAUGGCCCUCGGCAAGAUGCAGCUUUAGAUGAGGAAGAGGACAUGGUGAUCAUUUAUAACAGAGUUCCCAAAACUGCAAGCACCUCGUUUACCAAUAUCGCCUAUGACCUAUGUGCAAAGAAUAAAUACCAUGUUCUUCACAUCAACACUACCAAAAAUAAUCCAGUGAUGUCACUGCAAGAUCAGGUACGCUUUGUAAAGAACAUAACUGCCUGGAAAGAGAUGAAACCAGGAUUUUAUCAUGGACACGUUUCUUACUUGGAUUUUGCAAAAUUUGGUGUGAAGAAGAAGCCAAUUUACAUUAAUGUCAUAAGGGAUCCUAUUGAGAGGCUAGUUUCUUAUUAUUACUUUCUGAGAUUUGGUGAUGAUUAUAGACCAGGAUUAAGGAGAAGAAAACAAGGAGACAAAAAGACUUUUGAUGAAUGUGUAGCUGAGGGCGGCUCAGACUGUGCUCCAGAGAAGCUCUGGCUUCAAAUCCCGUUCUUCUGUGGCCACAGCUCCGAAUGCUGGAAUGUGGGAAGCAGGUGGGCUAUGGAUCAAGCCAAGUAUAACCUAAUUAAUGAAUAUUUUCUGGUGGGAGUCACUGAAGAGCUUGAAGAUUUUAUCAUGUUGUUGGAGGCAGCUUUGCCCCGGUUUUUCAGGGGUGCUACAGAACUCUAUCGUACAGGAAAGAAAUCGCAUCUUAGGAAAACCACAGAGAAGAAACUCCCCACUAAACAAACUAUUGCAAAACUACAGCAGUCUGACAUUUGGAAAAUGGAGAAUGAGUUCUAUGAAUUUGCACUAGAGCAGUUCCAAUUCAUCAGAGCCCAUGCUGUUCGAGAAAAAGAUGGAGACCUCUACAUCCUUGCACAAAACUUUUUCUAUGAAAAGAUUUACCCUAAAUCAAACUGAGUAUAAGAUGUGAUUAUUAGAUUCUUCAACUAAAACUUCGACCCUGUCUUCACACUUGUUCUCAGCUCCACAACCUGGAUUGCUGAUAGGUAUAUAUGACAAUUUGUAUUGAGUUGAAUUAGGAAACGGUAAUGUCAAGGAAGUAGAUACUGACUAAUGUGUCAGUGUUCUAAGAAGUAUAAAUUUCACACAUUUUUCUUUUUUCUGGUUAAAUUUUGGUGAGAAUUAUAAACUCCUGCCUGGAAAAACCUGUAUAUCACCUGAGAUAAACAAAUGGCAGGUCUAAUCAAAAGGCUAAAUACAGUUUCAGAGAAGUUUCUGAUACUCUUGUUUUUGAUAAAGCUUUUUUUUAACUAACCAUGAAUGAAGAAUCCGUUUGCCACCGCCUUCACCGAAGGUUUGGAUUAAUACACCUCUACUGAAUAGUGUUGAUAACUGUUUGGCAGUGUGUGCUUUGUUUUGUGAAUCAUGUCUCAUGAAAUUUAUUGGAAUGUUUGAUCAUGUUUGCUAGAAAUGUUUCUGCUGUAGUUGGAUUUGCCCAUAUUUAUGUAGGUGAUUUUAAUUUUUUAAAAUAAUCAUUAGUGGUAAAAACCAGUUUAAACCAUGACUAAUACUGUAAAAAGAUAAAGAGUCAAAGCAGUAUUUCUCAUUCCUUUCUUCCCAAUAUCUAAUAUUGGGAAAAAUACUUCAAAGAAUGUUGAGAUUGUCUGAAGUUUUAGUUAAGACUUCCACACAUUAAUAUCAAAAAAGUAAGUUUACUAUUUGUUUUUUCCAUGUGUUAUUUGUAAAGCUGUAAACUGAGAUAUUGGUGACUCCAUAUUAUGCCUCCAUUAGUGAGCUGUGGUAUGGGUAGGAUUUUCCUACUUCUUCUGUACUUUUACCUGUAGACUAUUUUUACUAAGGUGCUUUAUAAUGUGUUUUAAAGCAUUGCAUUUACAAAAAAAGGAAAAUGCUGUAAAUAUUGCAUAUUUUAUGUAUUUGGACCAAAAGGUUACAAGUAAUUAGACAAAAGUGGUUUUGCACCAAUUUUAUUAUGUCAAGUAAAACCAUCAGACCUACUGUUCUUGUAUUUCUCAUUUAAUUUUACUGUUAAGACGUCACUGAACUGAACUUCAAUAAGCUUUCGAUUUUGAUACACAGUUCAUUGUUCAUAAAUGGAGGCAGUAGUUGUAGUGGAAAGAGUACUGGGAAGGGAGUCAAAAAAUUUGAUUUUAGGUCCUACCUAGCUCUGCCACUUACCAGCUGUGUGAUCUUGGGCAAGUCACUUAACCUCUCUCUGCCUCAAUUUCCUCAUCUUGAAGUGAGGAUAAUAAUACCUGCUGUACCUACCUCACAGGGCUGUUGUGAGGAUUAAAUGAGAUGGUAUGUGAAAGCACUUUGAAAAUUGUAAAGCGCUAUAUAAAUGUAAGGUAUUAUUAUAGAAACAUCUUUAACAUAUAGUUUCAUAUCAUUCAUUUUUUUAAACAAAGGGAAAAGUCCACUUGUAAGCUGGUUGAAAAAGUUAAUCUUGAUAUAAAUUUGUGUUUGAUAAAUAUCUUCUCAGUGUUUUAUCUUCCAUCUUUCAACAGCUAUUGAAAUGUGAAACACCUGUGAACUCUUAAAGAUUCACGAGCAGCUGAUUGAGUUAUAGAGGUUCCCUUUUGGAAAUAGACUUUGUUAGCUGACUAGAGUCAGGGAAGCUUUACCCUAAAAAUUUGAAAGACUUUUUUGUUUUUACUUUACAUUGCUUUUCAGAAAUGGUCGCUAUUUUAUACCUGUCAUUUUAAGGUAUGUUUCACAGAGUUUAAUUUCCCUGUGCAUUCUUUACCUUCUUCCCCUUCUUAGAGUUACAGAUAUAAAGAAUUUUAGAAAUAUUUUCUAAAAGGAUAAUCUUUAAUAUUUUUAGUGUAAGUAAAUAUUUCUGAACAAGGCUUUUUCAAACUGUAAGCAUUUUAGGCAGAUUACCUUAAAGGUUAUUAAUUGUGUGGGAAGGGAGGAGGGAACACUACUUAUCGGAAAACAUUUAUAAACAAACUAAAGAAAAACUGAAGGAGUGACAAAAUCAUUUUAGCGCCCUUUCCCUUCAAUAAUAUAAAAGUAUUAAGAGAACAUAGCCAGACAUAAUUUUCUGAUUCGAUUUUUCCUUUCCUUUUUUAAAAAUUAACUUUUAUGGGUAUUUCCUGAAAAUAUAUACAAAUUAUUUUCUUGCCCAAAAGUAAAGCACCACUUUAAAGUGGGGUUUGACAUUUACCUACUAAUGAACAAACCGCAGGAUACAGGUUAUUCUUGGAGUACAUGUUAAAAUCUUCUUGAGGUACAUUAACACUUUUAGGUAACCAGAACUUCAUUUAGUGCACUAGAUCAGGGGGUCAGUAAACUUUCUGUAAAGGGCCAGAGAGUAAAUAUUUUAGGCUUUGCAGGCCAUAAAGUUUCUGUCACAACUACUCAACUCUGCCAUUGUAACAAAAGCAGCUAUAGACAAUAUGUAAACAAGUGAGCAUAGUUAUGUUCCAGUAAAACUUCAUUUACAAAAACAGAUGGCAUGUGAGAUGUGAACCAUGGGCUACUAAGCCUUGCACUAGGUAAAUCAUUAUUUGUGGGGAAAUCAUUUUUGUAUCUGUACUCUAGUAUCCCAAAAGAGUUUAUAAAUUUCUAAAAUUUCCUAACUUAUAUCCAAAGAAUUGCUUUCUGUUUCAUGCAGGCUCUCUCAUAGAUUUAUAAACUUUUAUGAUUUAUAUUGCUUCCAGGUGGGCAUGUUUUCUUUCCCAGUAUAACAGUUCAGAAUAGGGGCAUUGAUUUUAUCUUUUAGGGUGGGUUAAGAGUAUCUUUUCUGGAGAUUGAGAAAGAGGCAUAUUUAAUCCCAUCUAGUCCAGUACAAUCCUAGGAGUCUGAGUCCUAAUAAUACUCAACUUUAACAUCAAUUCAAUAAAUAGAACCACAAUAAUGUAUUUUUUUAAAGUAGCAAAUGUUUUUUUUUUCUUUUCCAGCCUUUGUGCUUUUUCAGUAUUUUGACCAUAAUGAGAUAAUUUUUUUAUAAUACAAAAGUAAAUUAACCACUUUGAAUUUUGAAGAUAAUGUUAUGGGUGUAUGUGUGUGUGUGUGUGUAUAUAUAUGUGCGUGCACACACACUCGCGCAUAUAUACCUAUGUUUAUUUCCUAAAAGAGGAAAAUGUUUUGUUCAACUUGUAUUAACUCCUGUUUUCUAUUUGCUGUGAAAUGGCAACUGUUGAUAAAUUAUUGUGAUUGUUUUAAAAUGUAAUGAGAGGAUAUAUUUUGAUUUUACCCAGCUUUGAUCUGUAAAAUAUCAUUUAAAUAUAUCUGAUAGCAACACUUAAAAUAUUGCAUGGGGAUUAUUACUUUUCUAUCAUCCAUAUACAUUUGUGCAAUUUUGAAUAUAUUGGGUGCUCCUGAAUUCCUGACGAUUGAAUUUAAACUACUGAAAAUCAGAGAACUUACACUUAACUGAGUUUAAAAUUUUUAAUUUUAUUUUCUACUCUUAAAAUGCAAUUAAUGCCUAUAAUUUGAAAUCUACUGUUUCUUUUUCUCAAUAUAUGUUCUACUGGAAAUCCCUAAAAUUAUUGGUGCCAUCAGUGAUUUACGAACAGUAUUUUGAUAUUGCAGAUGAUUUGCUCAUUGUAUUUGCACAGUUAGAAAGAAAAUGGUUUGUAGACAAUGAUGCUCUUUUUCAAUAAAAUGAAAUAACUCUAAAAAAACACUAGAGAAUUUAACUAAAGGCUGGUUCCCAAAUGCAUAGCUGGCAUUUUCUGUUAUAUUCAAAUUCUACAUAGAGAACAUCUGUGUAAAUCCAUCUAGCUGGAUUUCCCAUUGGUCAUUCUCAAACACACCUAUGGUCCUAGAAUCCUUUAUUAUGAGAAGCACCCAGUACUGUAACCUUUUAUGAAGUUUGCCUUUCAGAGGCCCAGGUGCUUCUGCUUUGUGAUUUGAAAGUUUACCUCUUCAUAAAUUAGUGCUGUUUACUUUGAAGGGAAGUGGGCCAGUUGCUGUUAAGUUUUUGCAUCCAUUGACCCUAUGCAAAGUUGCUGUAUGUUGCCAACUAAACUGCUCUUUAGGCACCCUUCUGAAGGGAAAAGCAACCCUGUUUCAAAUCUGCUGCCAAUUCAGCUUCUCUGGAGUGGAGUUUACUUUCUGAUUUCAUGGAGCAGGAAUUUCAGAGAUUGAAAUGAAUGAUCUUUUAGUCAGAUUUAUCCUAUAAUUUUAUGCAGCUCUAUGGCCUUCGCAGUACUGUUUAUAAAGUGGACCCUGAUGGUGAUGAACUCUUUAAAACACAUUACUGGUAAGCCGAUGAUGAGACACACUGACACAAGACAGACUGUUGUCUGUCUUGAUUUUUUAGACAGCUUUUGUAGCUUUCUACGGAGAAUCAGGUAUGUGAGCAUCUGUGGAACAGUAUUGAAUGUAAUUCUGAGAAACAUGGAUUGUGUAUUUUGACUUUUAUUUUAUAAAUACACAGCUAAACAGUGCCUUUUUUCCCCCUCACAAUCCUGUUGGAAGAUGCUCACUACUUUCUAUGUGUCUCUCUUCUCUUUCCCAGCCCUUCCUCUGCCCCAUUCAGUUGAUUCAUUUAUGCAAUACUGUUUCCAACUUGAAACCAUUUUGUCACAUCUGUUGGAGAGAUAAUCACUCCUUUUCCUUAACUUCUGCCAGCUUUCUGUUGUUGAAGUGUUUCAGUUGACUACCUGAUGCAAAAGCUAUAAAAUAAACAUUCAGUGGGAAGGGGAAAAA